AUGGGAGAGUUCUCACUUGGGAAGAAGGCGACUGCCGGCUACUGGAGGGUGUGGGAGCUGUGGGCUUAUGAGGUGCUGAAGAUGUACCCACCGGAGAACAAGUGCCCGAACCUGAGGAUGCUUCCUCGCACCAUGAUCUGGGGUCCCAUGUAUAGUGGUAAGAAGAAGUCAAAAGGGAGCCUCUUAGCCUUUCGGACGUACCUCGACGAGCUAUCUGGCACUCAGGUGGAGUGGAACCCAUGGAGCAGCGCUGAGCCUGAGCCUGAGUACCUAGCACGGAGCAGGGUGGUGACAGCGAGCUGGGUGUUGUUGGAGUCUGCCUUCAGGUGGCGGUGGUACCUGGGUGACUGGGUGACACGGCAGUCACUGGGCUCUCUUGAGUUCCAGGUCCCCGGGCCACUUCCUCCUCAUGCUUCUCACACGGACAAGUACACUCUGGCUGAGCUGCGGCGCCUUACUGUUCCGGCCGGCCUUGCUGCUUUUCUGAGGCCCGAGCGUGACUAUGCUGUCUACCGAAGGCAGCGCUUAGCGAGGCCACUUGGAGUGUUGGAGCAUGUCGCCGUGCAGAGCGAGGCACUUGAAGCUGGCGAGGAGAGGCGGACGGUACGGGACACGAAAGGAGAGGAGGCCGUAGUUCGGUUCGAGCCUGCCAGGACAGACCCCGCAGAGAUCACAGGGCCGGUAUGA